AUGUCGCCGACCCCGAUCCACCAAUCACUGUCCGCCACCCACGCUUUUCCUACUCACCGCGCUCACGAUUACCGCGCGCACUUCUCCUGUUCGUCGCCGAAUCUCGCAGCAGCUGCUGUCGAGGCGGCGGCAUCUGCGGCGGCAGCCAGCGGCAUAGGAGCCAGCCGAGUGUUACACGAGCGGUUAUGCCUUCGCAUCGAUGUCGCCAACCAAUCGCUCGCGGGAUUCGCGGAACUGCACGUUUCCUUGCCGUCCGCCAAACUUCCGCUCGUUCCGCCCGCGGAUCGUGCUCCGCCACCCCGCGAUCCUUCCGCUGUGCCGGAGUCUCCUUCUAGGUCGCAGGCGGCUUCCGCUCCCCCGCUGCCAGGCGCUUCCGGUUCCGCUGGCGUUGCGCGGACUCGUUCAUUGGAUGAGUGCGUUGCACGUGAUGUUGGGGGGGCGCGUGCGGGGGCGCAGGCGCAGGAAGAGGGGGGGGACCGCGAGAACGCGGGGGAUCUGGGCCCCGCGCUGUGCUUCCACGCUCGCGGAUUACAUAUCCGCCACGUGGCAGUCGAUGGCGUGCCCGCGCCGUUCUAUCUCCUCCGCCCGGCCCUCCCGCGAUCUAAACGCGGGGGGCGCGACGAGGGCAGGGCGGAAAGGCAAGGGGGAAAGCGGAGAGCUUCGGGGGUUAAACGAGCGGAACGACAACGGGCGGAGAAGGGCGGGGAGAGAGGGCUAGGGCCAGACGUGGAUAUCGAGUUAUCUAGUGGCGGAAGCGACGGUGACGGUGGCGGCAGCGACGCGGAGAGGGCAGUGUCAGGAGCAGGUGUUCGGGUUGCAUCGGGUUCCGCCAUCAAGGAGACAAAGCGGGCGCGCGGAAAACGUCCGCGCAGGCGCGCAGGCGCAGGGGGGGUGGAGCGGGAAGCGCAGGCGCGGAGGGUGGAAGCGGGUGGGUCAGCGAGCAUGGGGAUGGGGGAGGGGUGGGAUGGGACGGUGGAGGGCGCAGCGGAGAGCGGAUACGCGCAGUAUCUGCGGCUCGUGCACGAGGAGCGCGUGCCUGAGCUGGUCGUGUGGCUGCCACGUGCUGUGACAGCAGCGCUGCAGGCACAGGCGCAGGCGCAAGCGCUAGCGCAGGCAAACGCACGGGGAGUGGCAGGGGUUACAGCAGCAAGCGGCGCGGGCGGGGCAACGAGUACUGGAGACGCGGCUGCAGCAGAGAGCAAGGAGAAGGAUAAGGAGCGAGAGAGGGAGAAGGAGAAGGAGAAAGAAAAGGAGAAAGAGAAGGAGAGAGAGAGGGAGGGAGCAGGGGCAGGAGAGGGCGAGGGCGGGGAAGGAGGAGCGGAGGUGGUGGUGAGAGUGAGAGUGGAUUACCAGUUAGCGCCGCAGCAUGCGGCCUGCACGCCCCACACUCCCUUCAACAGCAGCGGCGGCAGUGGCAACGGCAGCAGGGGGGAUUGGGGGAGCGGUGGUGGAGUGCACUUCGCAGGGGGGUGGAUGCACACUGUGCUGGGCGUGCCGCGCAGGGCGCGCUGCUGGAUGCCGUGUGUUGACUCCCCCCGCCACCGCUGCUCCUUCCUCCUCUCCCUCUCUGUCCCGCAGCCCCUCCGCGCAGUUGCUCCUGGCACGCUCGUCUCGCUCUCCCCUGGGGGCGGGGAGGCUGGGAGCGAAGCGGGCGGGUGUGGAUUGUGCGGUUGUGUGGGGGGAAGAGGGGAGGGUGCGGUGAACGGGGCAGGGGAAGGGGGUGAAAAAGGCAAGGGGGAACGCGAGGGUGGUAAGAUAUGUCCUGCUUGUGGAGCCGCAUCAACGCCCCAACCCACCACCCUAAACUCGCACCCCCUCCCCUCACACACCCCCAUCCAGCCCCCCUCCGCACACCCGUCCCCCUCCUCCCCCGCUCUGCACACCUUCACCUACCAGAUGCCUGUACCAAUAGCAGCGCACCAGGUGGCAAUCGCCGUGGGUCCGUUCGUGGAGCUGCGGGAUCCGCGCUGCCCCGCGCUGUCCCACUGCUGCAUGCAGCCCGUGCUGGCGUCCGGUGCUCUUGCGCGCACCACCGCCACCAUAGACGCCGCGUUCCGAGUGUUUGAGGACUACAUGGGCUCGCCUUUUCCCUUCCCCUCGCACCGCCUGCUCUUCCUGCCAGAGGCCCAUGGCGAACCCGACCCUGCUGUCUCUGCUGCUGCCACUGCUGCCGCCGCUGGUGAUUCAGCAGCAGCUGCAGCAGCAGGGAGAGGCAGUCAGUGCAGCAGCAGUGAUCCCACCCGGAGCAGCAGCAGAAGCAGCAGCAGCGGGGGCAGCGGCGGCAGGCGGUCGCUGUGCCCGCUGGAGGGGCGGUGCGUCUCAGGCGCAGCACUAGUCCUCAUAGACUCCAGUCUGCUGGUCACCGAUCGGGACAUUCACACGGCACUCUCCUCGCGCCUGCGCCUCGUGCGCGCGCUCGCAUCCCAGUGGUUCGGCGCAUUCAUCUCGGCAGAAAGCCCUGCGGACGAGUGGCUCGUGGAGGGCUUAGCAGGGCACCUGGUGCAGGUGUUUGUGCAGCGGUGCUUGGGUGGGAACGAGGCGAGUUACCGGCGCGUGAAGGCCAAUGAUGCGGUGUGCGCUGCUGAUGUUGAUGGUGCUGCUGCACUGUGUCCCCGCCCGUCGCUCGCUGCUGCUGUCGCUGCGUCGUCUGCUGCACAUGCUGCGGCUUUGGCUCUUGGAGUAGGGGAGGGGAGAGGCGGAGAAGGCGGGGAGGCCAGGGGGAAGGGGGUCGGAGAAGCAGGAGAAGGGGGAGGAGGGGGAAGAGGAGGAGGAAGAGGAGGGUAUGGAGUGGAGGCAGCAGCAGCAGCGGCGUGGAAAGCAUGUGCGUUACAAUCCUCGCAACCACCGCAAUCCUCCUCCUCACAAUCAUCCUCCCAGGCGCCACAGCCGUUCGCAGCGCCCUUUGCGCUGCACCCACCGGAGCUCGUGUCGCUCGACGCAGCAGCAAAGCGACUGAGAGCGAGCAAGGCAGUGGCAGUUGUUGACAUGCUGGCUAGGCAAAUGGGUGCUGACGCCUUCCGGAAGCUUCUCCAGAGGCUCAUGCUCCGCUCGCAGGCCACCUCCCGGCGGCUUCGCUCGCUAAGCACCGCGCAGUUCCGGCACUUAGCGAACAAAGUUGGGAACUUGGAGAAGCCGUUUUUGAAGGAUUUUUUCCCGCGCUGGUUGCACUCUCCGGGCUGCCCCCGGCUGUCGCUGGCGUUUGCGUACGUGCGGCGGCGGAAUGUAAUCGAGCUGGCUGCCAGGAGGGAAGCCACGGCCCGCCCUGACCUCACUGCUCUCUCCUCCUCCCCUGACGCCCCUCCCCUGCCCCCCUCCGCUGCCGCCGCUGCCGCCGCUGCCGCCGCCGCUGGUAGCGUUGGGAGGGACGGGGGGGCAGGCGUUGAGGGUGGGGGGAUGGGCGCGGGAGGGGAGUUUGGAGGUCUGGUGGACGAGUUGGGAUGGGCGGGGAUGGUGAGCAUAAGAGUACAAGAGCCAGAGGGGCAUUUUGACCACCCGUGCCUGCCGCUGGGCGGCGACAGCUGUCUGCUCCUGGAACUGCCGUGCCACUCGAAGCUGGCUCUGCGGCGCGUGGCGCAGGCAGGGAAGAAGGGCGCAGGGGGAGGCGCAGGGGGGGCGCCGGGGGCAGGGGAAGAGGAGGCAGGCGCAGGGGCAGACACGGCAGCAGCAGGAGGUGCAGGAGGAGCGGGAGGAGCAGGAGGCGGUGUAGGUGCGGGUGGGGAGGGGAAGGGCGGGGGGGGAGACAUGCCGGUGCUGUGGAUGAGGGCGGAUCCGGACAGGGAGUAUCUAGCUCACAUGCGCCUCUCUCAACCCGUCCCCAUGUGGACCGCCAUGCUCGCCCGAGACCGAGACGUGACGGCACAGGCAGCAGCGGUGGCAGCGCUGCAGCAGGUGGGGGAUGCGGCAGCAGCGAGUGCGCUCUUUGCGUGUCUCUGUGAUGCUUCUGUGUUCUGCCGGGUGCGUGCAGAUGCAGCGCUGGCCCUCGCGCAUUGCUGCACUGCCGCCUCCUUCGCCCCGUCCUCCCCGUCGCCCUCGCUCCCCCCCGCCGCUGCUGCCAACACGACAGACCAUUCCCCUGCUCUACCGCAGACACCCCCCGGCACUGCCGGUACCAUCACCACCACCACGACUACUAUCACCAUCGGGACUGGUUGUGGGGCCGGCAGUGGGAGUGGCAGUGGCAGCAGCAGCAGUGCGCUACCAGGGUUGGACCUCCUGCUACGUUUCUACAAAGACCGAUUCUUCGACCCGCUCACAGGCCUCCCCCGCUGCAACGACUUCACCGACUGGGCAGAGUACUUUGUCCAGAUCUGCAUCCCAGCAGCGGUGGCCUCAGUGAGGGAUGCGCGGGGGUGCUCCCCCGUGGCAGCGGUGUCGUUCCUGCUCUCGCUGCUGCUGCACAAUGACAACUCGCGCAACGCCUGGGACGACUCGCACUUCCUGUCCGCGGUCAUCUCUGCCAUUGCGUCGCUAAAACUCUCUCCGCCUGACCACUUCCUUUGCAGAACCGCCACCGGCAGUGCUGCCGCCGCUUGCUCUCCCCACACGGUACACGCACACGCACAGGCACACGCACAGGUGGCGCUACAAGGGGAGUGGCGCGCAGCAGGCAUGAGCGUCAGUCCCGUGCUGGCUGCACGAGUGGUGCAGCAGCUGCAGCGCUACCUCUCCUUUGACCGCAUUCUCCCCUCCUCCCUCCGCCGCGUGUCUGCCUCCUGCCUGCACGCGCUCACGCACCUCUCGCUCUCGCUGCCCCCGUCCGCCUGCGACCUCCCUGCGCUGCGCUCGCUGUUGCUCAGUCAUGCCGGGAGGUAUCCGGUCUCCCUAGACCCGCUCCUGCGUCUGCUGCUGCAUGUGACUGUGGGUUGCCAUGCCGAUCCCUCCCUCCGCGUGCGAGUGAAGCUGCUCACCCACUCCUCCCCCUCCAUCCGCCACCUCUGUGCUCUCCUCGGCGCUCCCUCUGUCGCCCUGCCGUCCCCGUCCCACCCUGUGUCUGCUGGGCCUGCGGGUGGGAGGAGCAGGGAGGGCAGCCGGAGGAGAAGCGGAGGGGGGACGCCGUGGCUCACCCCUGGGGGAGGGGCGGGGGGAAGCACCACCAGCACGGGCAGCGUGGGGGCAAAGGGCGGAGCAGGGAGCGUGGGGGGAGCAGGGGGAGGGGAAGCGGGGGAGGCAGGGGCGGCGGGUGUGGUGGGUGUGGUGGGUGCUGUUGGUGGUGUGGGUGGUGCUGGGGAGGCAGGAGGAGGAGGGUCACGGGGAGGGGUGGAGGAGGGGAGGGUGGGGAAAGUGAAACUGAGGUUCAAAACGGCUGCAUCCCCCUCCUCUGCUGCCAGUGCGGAAGCAGGUAGUAGUGGUGCGAUGGCAGGGGCAGGGGGGGAGGCGGGGCAUGCUCAGGGGGAGAUGGGGCGGGCAGGAGGCGUAUCAGGGCUUGGGGCAGGGGCAGGGGAUGGGGGGGGGAUGCCAGGGGCGGUUAGGGGGAGGGGGGGGAAGACAAGGGGGAGUGAGCGGAGCAGUGAGAGUUAUGGAGGGGGGAUGGGGGAGAGGAGUGUGGGAGAGGGGGGGGGAUGGGGAGAGGAAGGCGGAGGGGGAGGGGGAGGGGGAGCGGGAGGGGAAUUGGGGAAAGGCAGUGGGGAGGCGAGUGGGGGGAGUCAUGGUGUGGAGGGGAGAAGCGGGAGUGUGGGGGGGCGGAUGAGUGCAUGGGCGGAGGGGGUAGAGCAGGGCAAGGGGGAGGGGGAGGGAGAUGGGGGGAAAGAAAUUCCGCUAGGAGGGAAGCAGCAAGAGGGCGGGGAGGCAGUGAUAUGCGGUGAGAAGGAAGUAGGAGGGGUUGAGAGAGGUGGAGAGGGUGAGGAGGAAAGGAAGCAGAUGAUUGCAGGGAACGAUAAGGAGAGGGGCGAAGGGGAUGGUGGAGUUGGGGAGAAGGGAGGUGGUGAGGGGAGGGGGGAAGGAUUAAAUGCCGAGGAAAGAGAAGGCAAGAAUGGGGGAGCGAGGAGCAGUGGUGGUGAGAUAGGUGGGGUUGGUGGCGCUGUGGGUGGUGGGGCAAAUGGAGGGGAGGAGGUGAAGGGGGAGAGGGGCAGUCAAGGGACAAGGGAUAAUGAGGAGAAGCGAAGUAAGAAGAAGAGGAAGAGAGGGGAGGGGGACCAUGGGCGGGAGGAUAGGAAGAGCAGUGGGAAGAAAUCAAAAGAUGAGAGCGACAAGGAGAAGGAUAAGGGUAGGGAUAAGGGUAAGGAUAAGGAGAAGGAGAGGGAUAAGGAGAAGGGUAAGCGUGAUGGGAAGAAGGAAAAGGAAGACAGUGAGAGGAAGAAGAAGAAGCGGGAAAUGCGGGAGGGUGAGACAGAGGCAGAGCACAAGGAGAGGAAACGGCGAAGGAAGGAGGAGAAGAAGCUAAAGAAGAAGAGAGAGAAGGAGGAGAGGAGGAAGGGGGAGGCAGCGGAGGGGAAGAAGAAGAAGCGAGACGGGACGGGCAGUAGCGGUGGUGAGAGGGAGAAGGAGAAGGGAGAGAGGACGGUGCGAGCCGAGGCAGAUGGUGCAGGGGCGGAAGGGGAAGCAGGUAGCUUGCAGGGGGAUGCAGUGGGUGGUGUAUGCACGCAGCAUAGCAGGCAGCAGGGCACGCAAGGCAGCACCCAGGAAAGCACCCCUGGUGUAAAAGAAGUGGACGAAUCAGGUGGCGAUGAGAGCGCCGGGGACGAGAGGGAAGGGGGUGGUGGUGAUGGGGAUGGGCAUGCGGAUGGGGAUGGGGAUGGGGAUGGGGAUGGGGAUGGGGAUGGGGAUGGGGAUGGGGGUGGGGUCAUAAAUUCCCCCUCCGCCUUCCGCUCCUCACUUUCAGCGCAUUCUCCUUCCUUCCUCUCCGCCGUCUUCCUUGCGCGGAGCGGCGGAAUGGAUCCCAUGGCGUACGCGGACGAUCUCGUGCGCGAGCUGCUGGUUUUCCGCGGAUUCGCGCACACGCUAGCGGCAUUCGAGGCGGAACUUGCGGCGGACAAGCUGCAACCGCCCCAGGCGCAGCGCGUGGUGCAUCACAUCAUGCGCGAGCUCAUUCCCGCGCUGGACUGGCGCGCGCUCGCGCGCCUCUUCCUGGUGCUCCGCCAGCGCUUCCUGGCGCGCGCGGACGGCGCGAGCUGCGCGGCGCUGGAGGAGCUGGAGAUGGGCGUGCAGCGGCUGUUCAUGGUGACCGCCAUGCGCGCAGGCAGGCGCGCGGAGAUGGUGCGCGUGCUGGAGGACAUGGGGGAGAGCGUGCAGGCGCUGCUCAUGACCGCGCCCCAUGACUGGACGCUCUGGUUCG